AUGGACCGGGCCACGUUCUACGAGGUCGUCCUGGAGCAACGACGGGAGAACGUCGAUGCCGUGCGUGGCAGCAAGAUGGCGCUCGUCGGCGGGGUUGACGCGGGGAAUCUGGAGUCGUCGGGGAGCUCGCAGGACGAUGGAUACGUCUGGUUCAGGGCUGCGGCUGGGCAGAGGGUGGGUGUGUUGGGAAGCAUGUGGGAGAAGAUGCUUUGGGAGGAGCGCAGAGGCGGGUGGGCCGACGAAGAAGACGGCGUCGAGAGGGCGGUGAUCGCCGCCGGCGUGUCGUCGGUUCUUGUUGAGAGGUUCGCGGUCAAGAGGAUGGAUGGCAGCGUCGCCGUGGCGUUUGACUUUGUGCAUCUCAACAGGGCCAGACCGAUGUGA